UCCGUUUUCGUGUUAGAAAUGAUGUAUGGAAACGACGUUUCAUUUUAUAUUUAAAGAUGAAUUUUUUCUAGAUAAAAAUUGACAGCAUUUUGGAACUGAUUGACUACAACUGGACAACUGACCACUCGAGCUCAGCCCCAAGUGAUUACAGUUUUGUGAAGCGAGAGACGAAAAAGAGGGUAGGUAAGGAUGCCGGUGAUGUUGGCGGGAAUAGCAGAGACUCUGGUGCACAAGUUUCUGUUCGAGUUAUUCAUGCACACCAUCAAAAACAAGAGGAAGAUCAUUCAACCACGGGACUUACUCGCCGCUCUCGAGGGGUGCGAACAUCUGCACAUUCUCAAGAUCAGAUUCUCCCCAAAACUGCCUGGCGCCGGAGUCAUCCCCCCUCGCUUUCUCGACAACCUGGACCUAAAAUCGCUUGCCAAUACAACCAGUCUGAGUCCAAAAAUACCUUCCCUAACAUCUGGAAAAAAUUCUAAGUCAGUUCCCGGUGCACCGAAAAAGAGUCCCAAAGUCCGUUCUCGUAAGUCCGAAAAGACCCCCAAAACCCUUCCUCGUUUGUCCGAAAAGAGCCCUACAAAGAUCGAUGACAUGGAUGAAGAGAUGGAGUUUCCUAUUACCCCGGAAGCAUCAGAUGAUGAAGAGCCCCCGAAAUGGGAUGGACCAUCAUUUCUGGACCAACUCCAGCAUCAACGACCAGCUCGGCUACCAGACCCGAUUCCCGAUCCAAGGCCAAAACCCAAAAAGCGGAAGUACAAAAAGAAGAAGUUCAAUCCCAAAUUAUCCCCGCUGUAUGAAGCCACGUCAAGUGAUGAAAACUUACCACAGCAGAAAACAUAGAAGUAGAUUUUUGAUUUUGAGACAAAGCUUUCAAAAGAAACUAUGACAAUUAAAACUUUUUUUGCUUCUAAUUUAGACAGUUUUAAGCGUCCACAAUCGAGA